AAUGGAAGCAUCGUGCUCAGUAGCUCCACCAGCUUUAUCAACACCUCUAGUAGUUGGACUGCUAGUCGGGUUAGCCUUAUUGUCCCAGACCUGGACUCGUUCCUUUCUCCAAACCGGCUUCAAAUAUCCUCUCAGGCAAACCAAGCUUCUUCCUCCCGAAGUGUUUCCAGAGCCCGAAGAGCCCAUCGCGAUCGGCAAAGAAUCCGAAUACCCUGCCGAUUGGUGGACAGGAGUUAGCACAUAUGAACUCGAACGUCGCGCAGUCUUCAGUAAACAUUGGCUCUGCCUCUCGCACCGCAGUCAAUUCUCCAAACCAGGCGACUACCACGCCUUUACUGUCGCCGGAUUCCCCAUAUUCCUGAUUCUAGGCAAGGACGGCAAGCUCCGGGCCUUCCACAACGUGUGCCGCCAUCGCGCAUACCCGGUCACCCGGAAGGAUCGCGGCUCGUCCACUGUUCUCGGCUGUCGGUACCACGGCUGGAGCUACAACAGUCUCGGGCAGCUCAUCAAGGCGCCACAUUUUGACGGGGUGACGGGGUUCGAUCGCGCGCAGAAUGCCCUGUUCGCUGUGCAUACCUUUACGAGCCGGGCGGGCUUCGUGUUUGUGAACUUGGAUGCCAACUUGACGGUCCCGCCGCCGGAGGUAGGGUUGCUUGAUGAGUUUGCAGGGUCUGGUGAGAUUGCACCGCGGUCGAGAUGGGAAGGUAGGCAGACGGUUGAGGGUCAGGUCAAUUGGAAGUUGUUGAGGGUUGCCGAGUCUUUGAUCGAGAAGGGAAGUAUAAGGAGUGCGGAAAUCCAGCGCAAGUUCCCUUUUUGGUUGUUGGAUAGGCUUGGGCACGCACAAGAGGGCGACGAAAGCAUAAGCGUCUUCCCGAUCACGACAGUCAAGACAAUUGAGAGGACGGCAUAUUGGUUCACACUGACCUGCAUCCCGGUGUCUGCGCAGAGGACUUCUUUCCGACUUGAUUUGUACAACAGCAGCAGCAGCAGCAGCAGCACGAGGGUCUCUGAAACUGAAGCUAUAGCGCAGGAGGCGGCUAAUCAGCUCCAGAAAAUAGUUGCUGAGCUGGAAACAGCAUAUCGCUCCAACCUUGAGAAUACUAGAAUCUUAUCUGACGACAUCCUGAUAGGCACGCAACAAGCUGUCCUUGAUGCACUGAAGGCCCAUCUAAAGUUGGAAAGGCAACAAGGAACCGAAGUGUUCUCCGCCAUGAGGAAGCCCAGGGAGAAUGCAAGGCUUGCGCAGGCGGAGCAACUUUGCAAGGAGCUGGAUUGUGUAGAUCGAGGCCAGGACAUGUCCUGGUGA